AUUAUUAUUAUUAUUAUGGGGAAGCUAAUAACAACUUCGAAACCUCUUAUCCUCCAAUCAAAACUCCUCUGUUUUUCUCUUCUCUAUCUCUUCACCACACUUUUUCUUGCUCUUUACACCACUCUCUCUCAAUCCAAAUGUUUCUUCAGAUCAUCUCCUUCAGAUCCUAUUCUUAAUUCUCUCUUCAAUUACCCUUCUUCAUAUGGAGAACACAAAUAUGCUGUUUCAACCACUCGUUCCACUUGUUCUUCCCCUAUUUUCUUUUCAGAUUAUUGGGAUGUUGUCAGUGAAAUCGAAAAUUUUCGGAAGAAUUCUCGAGGUUAUUCUGGUGUUCUGAGGUAUAUGCAGGGCAAUGCUGAUACUUUUGGUGGGAACCUUAGCACUCUUACGAGGUUUUCUUAUUUUAAUCAUCAAAAUGAUAGUGUUGAAGUUCCAUGUGGAUUUCUCAAGGAAUUUCCAAUUAGUGAUUCUGACCGAAUUGCCAUGGAAAAAUGUGAUAAUGUAGUGGUAGUUUCAGCUAUCUUCAAUGAUCAUGACAAAAUCAGACAACCAAAGGGUCUUGGAUCCAGAACACUAGAAAAUGUAUGUUUUUUCAUGUUAGUGGACGAUGUUACCCUCAAAGGUCUUGAACAUCAUGGAUUGGUUUCAACAAAUUCCAAAGAAUACAGGAUAGGUGUGUGGAAGAUUGUGAAGGUUGAAAAAAAUGAUUUGUAUAAGAAUCCAGCAAUGAAUGGUGUUAUACCAAAAUAUUUGGUCCAUAGGCUAUUUCCAAAUUCUCAAUUCAGCAUUUGGAUAGAUGCAAAGUUGCAACUAAUGGUUGAUCCUUUGUUGUUGAUUCAUUCACUUGUUAUAUCUGAGAAUGUUGACAUGGCUAUAUCAAAACACCCUUUUUAUGUUCAUACAAUGGAAGAAGCUAUGGCUACUGCUAGAUGGAAGAAAUGGUUGGAUGUUAAUGCUUUGAAGGUGCAAAUGGAAACUUAUUGUGAAAAUGGAUUGCAACCAUGGAGUCCUAGCAAAAAGCCUUAUGUAUCAGAUGUACCAGACAGUGCUUUGAUAUUGAGGAAACAUGGAAUAAAAAGUAACCUCUUCUCUUGUCUAAUGUUCAAUGAGUUGGAGGCAUUUAACCCAAGAGAUCAAUUACCCUUUGCAUUUAUUAGGGAUAAAAUGAAACCCAAAUUGAAGAUGAACAUGUUUGAGGUGGAAGUUUUUGAACAAGUGGCAGUGGAAUAUAGGCACAAUGUUAAGAAGAGUGAUGGGACCACUAUCAAGAAAAUGUCUAGUUCACAAAGAACCAAAAGGGCUGAACCAGAUUUGUAUGUUAACGGUAGUUGUUGUGGUGGGUGCCACAAGUAUCUUUCUACUAUGUGGGGUGAAUCCAAUGAUUGAUAUUUUGAUGGACUCACAAGAGUAAAGAACAAGUCAAGAAAAAAUGAAAAAUUAAAGAUAAAAGAACCUAA